AUGGCCUUGUGGAGACCUUCCCUAGCCUGUACCAUUCAUUUAUCURGUGCAACCUCUACAGUCAGUCACCRACACUUGCCCUGGGUUGAUAAACAGAGACUGGGCCUUUGGAUCUUGGCAAUUCUAACAGUUCCCAUCCACUUCAUAGAAGCUAAUGGUUAUAAACCAUUCUGGGGCCUAGAAAAUGAGGCUCUGAUUGUGAGAUGUCCAAAAAGAAGAGCACCCCUUUCCUCUGUAGAAUGGUAUUACUCAAAAACAAAUGAGAUUAUUCCCACCCAGAAAAAAAAUCGCGUGUUUGCCUCAGGGGAACGUCUUAAGUUUCUCCCAGCCAGCGUGGAUGAUUCUGGAAUUUACACUUGCAUCAUCAGAAGUUCCAACUUGAAUAAGACUGGCUUUGCAAAUGUCACCAUAUAUAAAAAACAACCAGAUUGCAAAAUUCCAGAUUAUUUAAUGUAUUCAACAGUAUCUGGAUCAGAAAAAAAUUCCAGAAUUUCUUGUCCUACAAUUGACCUCUACAAUUGGACAGCACCUCUGGAGUGGUUUAAGAAUUGUGAAGCUCUCCAGGGAUCAAGGUAUAGGACACACAAAUCAUUUUUGCUCAUCAACAAUGUAAGGAGUGAUGACGAAGGUGAUUACACCUGUAAAUUUAUACACACUGAAAAUGGAGUCAAUUACAGUGUGACAGCGACCAGAUCCUUCACAGUUACACAUACACAAGGCUUUUCUAUGUUUCCGGUAAUUAUAGCCCCUCCAUACAAUGGAACACAGGAAGUGGAAAUCGGAAAAACAGCAAACAUAACCUGCUCUGCUUGCUUUGGAAAAGGCUCUCAGUUCUUGGCUGCCGUCCUGUGGCAGAUUAACAAAACCAAAGUGAGAGACUUUGGUGAAGCACGAAUUCAAGAAGAGGAAGGCCAAAAUGAAAGUUUUAGCAAUGAGCUCAUUUGUCUGAGCACAGUUUUAAGAAUCACUGAUGUGAAGAAAGAGGAUUUGUCCUUGGAGUACAACUGUCUGGCCCUGAACCUGCAUGGAAUUAUAAGGAAUACCGUAAGACUGAGAAGGAAAAAGCCAAUUGAUCAUCAACACAUCUACUAUGUAGUUGCAGGAUGUAGUAUCUCGUUAAUGAUAAUCAAUAUCUUGGUGAUAAUUCUGAAAUUAUUCUGGAUUGAGGUCAUUCUGCUCUGGAGAGAUGUAGCUAGACCUUACAAAACUAGGAAUGAUGGAAAACUCUAUGAUGCUUAUGUUAUAUAUCCACGGAACUACAGAUGCAAUUCAGAAGAGGCCGGUUCUGCGGAGUACUUUGUUCAUCAGAUUCUGCCUGAUGUUCUUGAAAAUCAAUGUGGAUAUAAAUUAUGCAUUUAUGGAAGAGAUCUGCUACCUGGAGAAGAUGCCGCCAUGGCAGUGGAAACCAACCUGCGAAAAAGUAGGCGACACAUGUUUAUCCUGGCUCCUCACAUCACAAACAGCAAAGAGUUUUCCUAUGAGCAGGAGAUUGCCCUGCACAGUGCCCUCAUCCGGAAUGACUCCAAGGUGAUUCUAAUAGAAAUGGAGCCUCCGGGAAAGACAGGUGGACUGCAGGUGGAUGACCUUCAAGAUUCCCUCAAGCACCUUGUGAAAGUGCAGGGCACCAUCAAAUGGAGGGAAGAUCACGUGGCCAAUAACCGGUCUCCGAAUUCCAGGUUCUGGAAGCACGUGAGGUACCAAAUGCCCAUCCCAAGCAAACUCCCCAGCAAGACUUGCACAACAGGGACUAGCACUUCUGUUGAUGCAUGA